UGUUCGUCCGCAAAUUCCAAUCGGGACUGGAUAACGCCCGACUCGCAAGCAGUCUCUGCAAAACACAGAGAUCAGGGAAAAGGAACACGAAAAAGUAAAGAAAAAUGAUGAGAACAAGAUUGUUAUGGUUCUCACUGGGGUUUGCCUCCACCUCUGCAGUAAUGACUCACUUUGUUUUCAAAGAUCUCUGGAUUGAUCGCAAAUGCAUCUCUUCCCAGUUGAAUGAGAAAUUUAGUUCUUUAGAUACCCGAGUUUCCAAUCUGGAAUCCCUUCUUCCUCAUAAACACCCUCCGCAACCGGUUGACAUGGAACCCCCAAUACCAAUAGUGGGAAAUCAAAAUUCAAGUUUUGUUCGGGAAAAAUUUAUUGGACGAAGGCAAUAUUUAAUGAUGCUUCAGCUUUUUGGUUGCCCAUCUUGAAGUUCAUAGAGCUCUCGCGUGUCAUCUUUCUUGGAUGAAGGCAAUUUGCAAAAAGAUCCAUCAUGCUUGGUGUUGUAGCCCAUUGCUGUUAAUGUAUUUUGGACAAGUUUGUUAUGGAACGUUAUGUUAGGCAAAAUGUUAGUAUGAGAUACUCCGCUCAUAGAUUUACAUAAUUUUAGUUUUGUGAGGUGACACCCUCUGUAGCUAGGCUUAAUCUAAACUUGUUUGUCACUUGUUUGGCAUCUUUGUUAUCAGAAUGCAAUCUGUUUUAUGGCUUGUUAUCAAGGGCCUCGUGGAGUUUUUAUUUUUAUAAUUGAAGUUAUUUUCUAUAA